AGCAUCGCUUGGCCGGCGGAGCUUCUGCAUCCACCAGACCGCAGUCCACCGCCUCGCCUCGGUGUGCUCCAGACAUGCAGGCCAAGAUGUUCGCCGUCAAGGUGAAGGACCUCAAGCAGCCGGGCUUUAUUCUCAAGAUCCUCGAGAUUGCGAUGCUGCUCACGACGACCCUGGUGGCGCGGCUGGGGCGCGGCGGCGGGCCCGUCAGCUUCCACCGGCUGUCUCCGGACGCCGACACGCUGGGCCAGGGCGUGUGCCUGGCCUACCUCAUCAUCACGCCGGUGCUGCUGCUCGGCUACCUCACCGGCGAGAUCGGACACCAGCGCAGGAAGAUGGAGUUCAUGUUCAGCGUGUGCGGCGCGCUGCUGCUGCUCGUGGCGGGCGCUGUGGCGGUCGACUUCUGGCGCAGCGUCGGCAUGAUCCCCAUGACGGCGGGCCCCGAGCACUGGGCGCGCGUCCGCGCCGAGCUCUCCGGGCUGGUGGCCAGCGAGCGAGCCUCGGGACUGUCCCUGGGCUGCCUGGCGCUGCUGUCUGCGCUGCUCUACCUCAUCGACGCCUUCUUCGGCUACCGCAUGGGGCUCUCCGCCUCCUCCGUCUGACAACAGGAUAAAGUUUUACAGUUUCUGUCAGCAACAGCUGCAGAGGAUGCCACUCAUCAAUAUAGCUUGUUUGUGGGAAUAUUACAACAUAUCUAUAUCACUUAUUCACAAGCAGAAUUAUAGUGUAAAAAUAUAUAAUUUGAAACAUUUUUUCACCUUUGAAAAACUGUAGCUUCCACAUUUUUACAAACAUUUUAACAACCAUGAUAAAAAUGAUAUGGAAGUAAUCAUUAUAAUGUGAAAAAUCAUUAUAGCCUUGAAAGUGAAUCACUAAUUAGUAUUAAGUUAUUUCUUAUUUUACACAGCUUUGUAUUAAAUAUAUUUAUUUCAAAGACAAAUAGAAAAGUGUGGUUGCAAUGUCCAAAUUUUUUACAUAAACAUUGUCAAUAUAAUCAUUAAAUUGUUUAAUGAUUGCAAUUAUGGUGUAAUUAUCAAUACAUUAAAUGAAAAUAUUUUCUUA